AUGCCUCAAGGCAUGUAUUCGGUCAAACAACCAACACGAACCAUUGAUUUGAUUGCAUCUUUAGAAAAUGGCAAGACCAGCCAGAGAGAAGCUAAAGCGCUCACGGCACUCAAAUCGGAAAUGCUGGUGCUUUUCAAACAUAACCCCGGAUCGCUCUAUUGGAAGGAAGCAAUGCUACUUUCGCCAGUCACAGACAGUGCCGAAUUUAACGACCUAAUUUAUGCCUUCGCAAAGUCCAUCACAAAGGGCACGGCAGAUGAGACACCGAUUGAUCGGGACUUACUGAGAUGCUUCGCCGGUUGUCUGCGCUGGGGUCAUCAUGCCAUUCCCCGCAGCGAGCAGAUAUUUGGAUCAAUCUUGCCUGGUCUCAGCAAGCAUCUCAUCAGUAGCAACAACCAAAGCCGACUCAGGGAUAGCUAUCUCCUGACUCAAACGAUUGGCACGCUUUUAGACGCAAUGGUAGAUUGCAAAAUUGAGGGUCUCGACCGAGAGUCGCUACAUGAACCGCUUGUCAAAAAGCUCAAGGACUUGAAAGAUCACGAUGAAUCACGCAUGGCUCAGGCCGCCCGAUAUGCCCUUCAAGCUCUGCGCCGGAUACCAGACAAUGAAGGUCCGUGGGAAGAGGCCCUACGCUACAGUGGCAUGACCUUCAAUGUUAUUGCACAUAUAAGCAGUGCCGUGGCGAAAUUCGAUGUACAGCAACUCAUUGAUGCAGGCCCCGACGCAUUCGCAGUUCUUAAGUUCUUUGGGGAUGCUCUGAAAGGGGGUAAGGAAAUUUGGGACACACGCGAGGAUUUCAAGCAAAUGAUCAGCGGAAUGCGCAAUGUAUCAGAGAGAAAAGGCUGGUACGCUGCAUUGCGUCAUGCAAAAAUGUUCACCCAGCUUGAGGCUUUUGAGGGACUGAAAGAGUUCAUCGCCCCAUUCAAAGGUGCCCCGCCGAAAUGGUGUACAGAAACCGACUUUUGGUGCGGGCUAUACUCCCAGCUUGAACAGCAGUGGGUCUCUCGCGAGCCUUCUACUAGAGACAGUAUUGAAAAAUUCAUUCAAUGGACGUUCGAAAAUCCGUUGUUGAGAAAGAUCUGCAAAAAAGAUAACUCAAUUCAUGCCUGGGUAGGUUUACUCGCAGACUCCAUGGACAAGCCAGAUUGGAAAAUUAUCUUGCCGCAAAGAAAACGUGGGGUACGUUCAGGCUUUUUCCGCGCCAAGGAGUACGAGCCUAAGCUCAAGGAUAUUGCUCAGAAUAGCAAGGCAGAAGAUGACAAACAAGACAGCUGCGGAGAUUCACAGCUUCUCCGAGCUGCGCUAGAAAAGUGCAGUGAAGCACAGGUCUUCUAUGCCGACGUCAUCAUGGCCCAACAUUAUACUAGGGGAAAGCUUCUUCACGUCAAACGGUUGUCAGGAGACGAUUUACCUAUCGAAAACUGCUACAUCAACCUUUCUUUGAUGCAAAAUCAGGAGGGAGGCGAUCAGAAGGGCCGGAAUAAGUUCUCUCUCCAGGACCGUCUCCAGAUGGAAGCACCCGACACCCAAACAGAGAUUGCUUUGGAAGAUCUGUUCAAACAGAGGAAUGUGCGGAAUGGCUCUCUAGCGAAGCCCAGUCGGAUCCUCAUUCGGGGACGAGCUGGCGUUGGGAAAACAACCUUGUGCAAAAAGAUCACAUAUGCCUCUCUCUACCAUAGCCUGUGGGAAUCGCAAUAUGACCGGAUCAUUUGGAUUCCUUUGCGCAAGUUGAAGGGGUACCGAACGUUUGAAGAUUUCCUCAAUCGUGAAAUCUUCAAAAAGGUGCCCUACAGCACGGCACUGUGGGAGGCUUUCCAAGAAACGCUGAGAGAUGUUCAAAACUCUCGCACCCUGUUCAUUCUGGAUGGCCUCGAUGAGAUUGCUGGAGUUCAACAACAAAUUGAGGACUUCCAAGACAUCUUGAACAGGCAAAAUGUGAUCAUCACCUCACGGCCACAUGCCGUAUUUCCAUCCAGAUUGAAAGAAUACGAUUUGGAGAUUGAGACUGUUGGUUUUCUUAAUCACGAGAUUGAGGCCUACGUGGAUAAAGUUUGCAAUGAAUCGGAUGGCCUCCAGAUCAAGGAUUUCAUGACACAGCAUUGGGUGAUGAAAGGAUUGAUGCGAAUUCCCAUUCAACUAGAUGCCCUCUGUUUCACUUGGGAGGAAGGAAUCCAGAGAGAGAAGCCAUUGACCACAAUGACUGCUUUGUACGAAGCAAUUGAAAUCAAACUUUGGAAGAAAGACAUGCCUCGGUUGGACCCGAAGACCGAGCACAAGGCGGCGAAAUGUCGACUUCGAUCACAGAUGUUCCGCCUGAUGCCUGAUAAUAUUGAUUUCGUUCAAUAUAUUGCUUUCCUUGGCCUCUACAACAAUGUCACAGAGUUUACCUAUCGCAUUCGGGAGGACAUCUACCAUCAUUUCCCGAACAUGACGGAUCGCAUCCUGGAUGAGAUUUCAUUCCUGCGCAGCUCGGAUUCUUCCUCCAAUGACCACGAUCAGGACUACUAUUUCCUUCACCUUACUUUUCAAGAGUACUUUGCUGCCCGGCAUUUCGUACAAAGCUGGCAGAUAGGCGGGAAAAUAGAGACAUUGGAUCUGCAAACUGGAAAGGCCAUCUCUCUCUCCACCGAAGAAUUCAUCAGCCACGAGAAAUACAAUGGACGCUAUAACAUCAUGUGGCGAUUCAUCACCGGAGCUCUUGCAUCUGCAAACGAUGAUCUGGUUAGAUUUUUCGAGCAGAUCGAAAUGAAACCGCGUGAUCUGCUCGGACCCACUCAUUUGCGCUUUCUCAUGCAUUGCUUCAGCGAGGUUAGCGAGAAGGAAGAGAAUGCCACGCUGAAGAAAUUUCGGGGUAAUAUGGAGAAUCAAUUAUCACAAGUUUUCUUCAUGGAUGAUGCCGGCUCGAUUCAUCUCGGCACGGAAAUGGAAUUCCCUGAACACAUUCUCUCCAGAUGUCUUGAAAUGUUUGAUCCGAAACAGCAGGAACGCGCCUCAAGAGUGAUUAACGGCCGUCUUCGUAUUUCUAAUAAAAUUUCAGAUCAAAUAUGGAGCCUGUAUCAAUCUAACUUGGAUUUCUCCGUCAAAAUUUCUAUCGCGAAAAUCAUAGGUCGACAUCCAAACUUUUCAUCACAGGACGUUAUUUCGGUCAUUUCCGAUCCAGACGAGGAAUUUGCUCGCGCGGCCCUACAUAGCUUAUUGUAUCGCCUAAAUUUACCCGAAGAAAUUCUCAGUGCUAUCAUCGACAAUUUUCGCAUCUAUAGUGCAGUCAACGUGAUUGAUCAACAAAAGGAACUUCCCCAACCGAUCAUUGGCAAAUUAAUAUUUGAAUAUCCACGAACUUCAUAUCGAAAAGAAUUUAUAAGAGCAUUGACAAAGUCAUCAUUGUCCAACCCAAGUGUUCUCAACCAUCUGGUUGCGGCAUUAGAUGAUCCAGACUUAGAGGUGCAAUAUGAAAGUUUGUAUGCUUUGUCUUAUCAUUCGCAUCUACCAGUCCCAAUUUAUCACAAAAUUGCUUCAAGAUUGGAGAAAUUCGACGAUUACGAUCCUUGGGCAAAAAUUAGUGUCAUCGACAUAUUGAAUACUCAGGCAACCCUGUCAAACGGCAUUGUCGAACGAAUAUGGAGAAUGGUGGAUGAUGAGUCAGAACGGGUUCAAACUGCAGCAAGCAAAACUCUUAGGCAACAUGGACAUCUCUGCGCAGAUGAAAUUGCUAGGAGGUUUGCAAAUUCCCAGGACAAAGACAGUUUUGCAUGCGCUAUGACGUCAACGGCCUUUGCGAAUAAUUCAUCUCCCUCCGAUGUCAUUCUCGACCACUGUGUUGACAUUCUCACAGUAUCUGCAUCUGGUCCCUUUUCAUCGGUUGAAAUAAAAGCUCUCAGGGCUUUGGGGAAAAGUAGCUCUUUAUCAUCUCACGUUCUCGGCGUGAUAUUGCAACUUAUAGACCGACAAGGGAAGACCGAUAGUGUGGAUCAUAUUUGGUACAUCAUGGAAUAUCAGAAAGUUCUCCCGGACAAAAUUCUGAAUAAAAUAAGCUCUCACCUUUUGGACAAGGGCCGCGAUAACAAGUUUGAUGUUCGGAUUUUUCACAGCUUGUCCUCGCGGUCUUGGUUGCCUGAUUCGAUCAUCGACUCUCUGGGUUCAUUCAUUCUAAGUCAGCCACCCAGCCUAUCUACGAUGCUAAUCCCCACCCAGUACAAAAUGCCCCAUCGUGUUAUAGAGCAUACGACUUCGAUUCUGCUAUCAAGUAAUUAUAGAAGGGCAGCCGAGGGGGAAAAGAUACUGCGGAGGCAUGUGGAUUAUGGAAGUCUUCUCCCUCGCUUGGAGUCAGGAUACUGGAUCAGACUUUUCAAAUCUCUUUUGUUCAACUGCAAAGAUGGAGACACUUUCUGUUCUGUCCAGGACGGCUAUCUUCAAAUUUCUACACCGGAGCAUUCAUGGAAAAUCAAUAUUGAAGCGCCUGAGCAACGUCAGAAAAUGGAGGCUGCCCUAGAAGCUAUUGAGCAAUGGAUCCAGGACGGAAUGGGUGACGCAUGGAGUACUCUUGAACUUCGGUCAUGGAACAGGAAACGUUACCUUUGA